GGGAACGCCAUCGAGUUCUCAAUGUGUGCCCAUGCGUUCCCAUCUGUUCACAGACUAUGGAUUCUCCGACUCCAUCGCCCUCUCAAUGUUGCAAGGCCAAAGCCAUAGACACCGCCAUAGCCAAGCUGGGGCUUAGGGUUUAGCCUCUAAGCCCUUCGUUCACCUCGGGCUUGGAUUUGCUAGGCUUGGCGGAAGCAUUCGAAAUUCCGUUCAACCUCACAAUUUUUUUUGCGCAGUUUCUCGCGCUGGGUGCCAAUUCGUAGAGGAAGUUCAAGGGCUUUAAGAAGGGGUUGAUCCAGGAGAGUUUCUAAACCAGCGUUUGGUGUUGGGCUGAGCCCUCGCCGGCACUAUGCAGUCGGAUGAAGUCGUAUGGCAGGUCAUCAAUCAUGUCCACUGCAGCUUCAAGGCCAAUGUUUUGAAUGGUGGUGGUGUAGAAUGCAAACCCAGAAUUUUUGUAGGAACGAAUACAAUGUCACGGGACUUUGUAAUCGGAGCUCGUGUCCGCUGGCUAACAGCAGAUAUUCUACAAUUCGCGAAAUUGAUGGUACGUUGUAUUUGUACAUGAAAAGCAUUGAGAGAUCACAUGCUCCCAAGGACUUGUGGGAGCGUGUCAAACUCCCUCGCAAUUAUGGGAAGGCGCUGGAAACGAUUGAUAAACAUCUGGAACAUUGGCCAAAAUUUUUGGUGCACAAAAAUAAGCAGCGACUUACCAAAAUGACCCAGUAUUUGAUCCGAAUGCGGAAAUUGGCAUUGAAAAUGAAGCGCAAACUUGUUACUAUGCCUGCGAAGGAAGUGAAAAGAGAAAAGCGGAGGGAAGCUAAAGCAUUAACAGCUGCUGUCUUGGACAAGUCGAUAGAGAAGGAGUUGCUCCAGCGAUUACAAAGUGGAACCUAUGGAGAUAUAUACAACUUUCCUGUUAAGGAGUACGAGAAAGUCUUGGCGAUGGAGGAGAUGGAACCUGCCGGUGAAGAAAGUGAAGAAGAGGAGGAGGAGGAGCCUGAAGUUGAGUAUGUGGAGGGGUAUGAAAUGGAGGAUGAAGAUGAGGAUGAUGCAAUGGAAGACUUCGCUCAGGGUGCAAACAGGAUGCCAGACUCUGAAGAUGACGAUGGAGAGCAAUCUGAUGAAGAUUCAGAUGAAUCUGAGGAGGCGGAUUUGGAAGCAAGCCUUCGGUCGAAGAAAGCUCCCAAGGUUCCUUCAAAAAGAAGUCAAGCUACUCCUGUACCAGUUGGUAGAAAGAAACGACGACCCCAUGUUGAAAUUGAGUAUGAAGAGGAGCGGGAGAUGGAGAGUUCGCAUGUUUGAUUUUGCCAUCAUCUGCUGCGAACUCGGUUGUACACCUAAUUUUGUAGACGACUAGAUUAGACUAAUGAUAAAUAUGAUACAUUCCCCAUAGUUGUAGAGGGAUCAACAGAUAUAAGAAUGUAUUGGAGCAGGGUGCAAGAUGGUGCACAAGCAUGAUUCUUGUGACUGAUGUGUUUCUGUGGGGCAGUGCAAGCUUGUUACAGUGAAAAAUUGAACGGAGGUACAACAAUCAGUGACAUCAAUUUCUUAUAGAGGUACAACGGUUGUUUUGUUCCAUUAUCUGCUUGA